UUUACAAUUAUAAAUUUUGUAUUAUAAUUUCACUUGCAUUUUAAUAUCGCACCUUCACUAUUGUGAGAUUAUUGUGAAAUAUUUAUACAAUAUUAAACAGAUUUCUUGUUAUUUUUAUUAAAAGAUAUACAUUUCUUAAUACUUUUGUAUUAUACAUUUAUUUAUUACGUUUUGAAGAAAAUAUUCAAAGAAAUCAUGUCUGCUAAUAGUCCUCAUACAGAAAAGGAAUUAGAUUUAAGUAAUGCAGGACGUGGUGUGUGGCUUGUUAAAGUUCCAAAAUAUAUAGCAAAUAAAUGGGAAAAAGCACCAGGUAACAUUGAAGUUGGAAAACUAAAAAUAACAAAGAAUCCUGGUCAAAAAGCAGAAGUGUCUCUUCGAUUAUCAGAAGCUGUCUUAGCAUUAAAAGAACCAGGCGAAGAAGAUAUCCCGAAACAACACAGACUUGACGUUACAACAGUAACUCGACAAAUGUUAGGAGUCUUUUCUCAUGUUACACCAUCGGUUACAUCUGACACUAUUGUUCCUGAAAGCGAAAAACUUUAUAUGGAAGGAAGGAUAGUGCAAAAAUUAGAAUGUCGUCCAUAUGCCGAUAAUUGUUAUAUGAAAUUAAAAUUAGAAAGUAUAAAGAAGGCAUCUGUACCACAAAGGCAAGUUCAACAAUUAGAUAGGGUAGUGCAAAAUUUCAAACCUGUCUCCGAUCACAAACAUAAUAUUCAAUAUGCUGAAAAGAAGAAAGCAGAAGGAAAGAAAAUGCGAGAUAAUAAAGAUGCAGUUCUUGAUAUGCUCUUUGCAGCAUUUGAAAAACACCAGUAUUAUAAUAUUAGAGAUCUUGUUAAAAUUACAAACCAACCAAUUGUAUAUUUAAAAGAAAUUCUUAAUGAAGUGUGCAAUUAUAAUUUAAAAAAUCCACAUAGAAAUAUGUGGGAAUUAAAACCGGAAUAUCGACAUUAUAAAGAAGAAGAAGAAAAAUCAGCUGAAAAUGAUGCUAAAAAAGCUAAUGAAUCUGAUGACGAUUGAGAAUAAUAAUACCUGUACAUAUGCAUGAAUAAUAAUAUUAUUAUUUUUAAAA